AAUUGUCUGCUCAAGGCUGUAUGUGGAGCUAGUCACUACAAAGUUUACCAUGCCUUAUUUUAAAAUCGCUUGAAGAUCAUAAAAAAGGCUGUAUGUGGAGAAACAAGCGCAGGUGACCUUCUACGGUGAAACAAGCGCAGGUGACCUUCUACAGUGUAACAAGCGCAGAGUUUGAUGGCUGAAGAUCUCUUCGUGGAGUAUAUUAUAAUGUAAGAAGAUGAUGGCUGAAGAUCUCGGUGUUGAGGCGAAGGAGGCAGCGGUCCGCGAGGUAGCCAAGCUCCUUCCAUUGACAGAGCUCUUGCAGUCAAUUUCCUCGAUCAAAUCUGAUUACAUUGCUCGCCAGCAGGCAAACGAUGCACAGCUUAGUACAAUGGUAGCUGAACAGGUUGAACAAGCGCAAGCUGGUCUUGAAUCACUUACGUUAUCUCAGAAGACUAUCAGCCAACUCCGAGAGAACUUCUUUUCUAUUGAAAAGUUAUGUCAAGAAUGUCAAACACUAAUUGAAAAUCAUGAUCAGAUAAAGCUUCUUAGUAAUGCUAGGAAUAAUCUUAAUACUACCUUGAAGGAUGUAGAGGGAAUGAUGUCAAUUUCUGUUGAGGCUGCUGAAGCACGGGACUCCCUUGGUGAUGACAAGGAACUCAUAAACACCUAUGAGAGGUUAACCGCCCUUGAUGGGAAACGGAGGUUUGCACUGGCUGCUGCAUCAUCUCACAAGGAAGAGAUCGGCAGACUGAGAGACUAUUUUGAAGAUGUAGAUCACACAUGGGAAACUUUUGAAAAAACACUAUGGGGACAUAUUUCCAACUUCUUCAAACUUGCUAAAGAAAGCCCGCAAACUCUAGUCCGUGCUAUAAGGGUUGUUGAGAUGCAAGAAAUCCUAGACCAGCAACUUGCUGAAGAAGCUGCUGAGGCUGAAGGUGGUGGAGCAAUGUCACCAGUGGCAAAUCCUCGAAGAAAUUCCAAGAAAUCUAUACACGGAACAGCUUCUACUAAAAACCUUAUACAACAAAAAUUGAAAGUUCAGGGGAAAGGCUACAAGGACAAAUGCUAUGAACAUAUAAGAAUGUCUGUCGAAGAGCGCUUUGAUCAGCUGCUAAGAGAGGAAGACCUUAAAGCCGCUAUAGCUGAGGCAAAAUUGAUGGGCGAAGAGCUUGGAGAUAUAUACGAUUAUGUUGCUCCUUGCUUUCCUCCCAGAUACGAAAUUUUCCAGCUCAUGGUAAAUCUUUAUACUGAGAGGUUCAUUCAGUGGCUUAGAAAACUAAGUGAUCAAGCAAAUAAUCUGACAAACAUAGAUAUCUUAAAGGUAACUGGCUGGGUAGUAGAGUACCAAGAGAAUCUAAUUGCACUUGGAGUUGAUGAGUCUCUGGCUCAAGUUUGUUCUGAAAGUGGUUCAAUGGACCCCCUCAUGAAUGCUUAUGUUGAGAGAAUGCAGGCAACAACCAAGAAAUGGUAUCUGAACAUUCUUGAGGCGGAUAAAGUACAGCCACCAAAAAAGACAGAUGAUGGGAAACUGUACACACCUGCUGCUGUUGACCUAUUUAGGAUCUUAGGAGAGCAAGUGCAAAUAGUGCGAGACAAUAGUACUGAUGUCAUGCUUUACAGAAUUGCUUUGGCAAUAAUUCAGGUAAUGAUUGACUUUCAAGGAGCUGAAAGAAAGAGAUUGGAAGAACCUGCCUCUGAAGUUGGUUUGGAACCUAUAUGUGCAAUGAUCAACAAUAACCUUCGCUGUUAUGAUCUUGCUAUGGAGCUUAGUUCUAGCACCAUUGAAGCUCUUCCAGAGAAUUACGCUGAGCAGGUCAAUUUUGAGGAUACUUGCAAAGGUUUUCUGGAGGUUGCAAAGGAAGCCGUGCACCAAACUGUCAAUGUCAUAUUUGAAGAUCCUGGAGUGCAGGAAUUAUUUGUUAAACUAUAUCAGAGAGAUUGGCUGGAAGGGCAAGUUACAGAGUAUCUAGUUGCAACAUUUGUCGAUUAUUUCAGUGAUGUGAAAAUGUACAUUGAGGAAAGAUCAUUUAGGAGAUUUGUUGAGGCUUGCUUGGAGGAGACGGUAGUUGUUUAUGUGGACCAUAUGCUUAUACAGAAAAAUUACAUCAAGGAGGAAACAAUUGAAAGAAUGAGGCUAGAUGAAGAAGUUCUCAUGGAUUUCUUCCGGGAGUACAUCAGUGUUUCCAAAGUCGAGAAUAGAUUAAGGGUACUUGGUGAUUUAAGAGAGCUUGCUUCUUCGGAGAGCCCCGAUUCUUUCACACUCGUUUACACAAACAUUUUGGAGCAUCAACCAGAUUGUCCUCCAGAGGUAGUUGAGAAGAUUGUGGGAUUGCGAGAGGGUAUACCACGGAAGGAUUCCAAAGAGGUUAUUCAAGAGUGCAAAGAAAUAUAUGAAAGUUCUCUCAUUGAUGGCAAUCCUCCAAAGGCGGGUUUUGUUUUUUCCAGAGUGAAGUGCUUGUCACAAUCCAGAGGAGUUUCAAACUUGUGGAGAAAGCUGACUUAAGCCUGAAAUUAUCAGAUCUAUAUAGGAAUAAAUGGAUAACAACAUUUGUUGAAAUCUUUUGAUAAAGAGUAUCCCUUGCAUAGAAUUAUGCAUGGACACGAUCCGAUUCUGGGCCAGUUUUGGUCCCAGUCAGUCUUGAGGGGAAAGAUUGGUGCCCGAGAGCAGGUUUUGGUCGGUACAGGUCCGAUCUUGAAUCUGAUCUUCAAAAAAAUGGUCUGAAUUUCGAUAAAAAAAACUGCCCUUCUCCCUCAAAGUUGUAACGGUCAUAUUACUAUAUUAGUUUGAAGUUUGAACUCAAGUGAGGAGUGAUAUAUAUAUAUAUGAUCACAAAAAUGAAAGAGAAUAGAAAUAGCAUAAGUGUAACGAUGAAGAGGAUAUAUGGAUGAAGCAAUGUAAAGAUAGUUUUUAUUAGAGAAAAUUAUCUCUCAUGUGACAAACACUAAUCAUAUCCCAAUAUAUGAGCCCUUGAGUUUUUUCCCAAUAUUAA